GUUACAGCUCGGAGAUUUUGAACCGGGUCGGCGGGUUCCUAAAUUAGCCAUGCUUUUUCUCCCUCCUUUCUAUCGUCAUACCAAACAAUUCCAAAGGGCCUAACUUUCGGCCCUUUUCGGAUACAAAAAAGGAAUUUGGUCACUACUAAUCAACUCUCGAGAAUGAGAAACGCCGGCGAGGAUCACCGUUACCCACUCUGGUGCUUUCUGAUUUCCCAAAUUUUUAUCGGAAAUCUCGCCGUGGCUCUCGCCGUUGACUCCAUCACUCCGACGCAGCCACUCGCCGGCAACCGAACCUUGGUGUCUUCCGAUGGGCUCUUCGAAUUGGGGUUUUUCACUCCCAACGGCUCCGGUAAAAGUUACGUGGGGAUAUGGUACAAGGAAAUUGAAGCCAGGACGGUAGUCUGGGUGGGUAACAGAGACGCGCCUCUCACCGGUUCCGCCGGAAUCUUGAAAAUCGGCGAAGAUGGGAACAUCCAUCUGGUCGACGGGGGUGGGAAUUUUAUAUGGUCGCCUUCGAAUCAAUCGGCGGCGAAGAACACCGUGGCGCAGCUCCUGGAUUCCGGGAACUUCGUUCUCCGGCGAGAAGACGAUGAGAAUCCGGAGAAUUAUCUGUGGCAGAGCUUUGACUACCCGACGGACACAUUGCUGCCGGGUAUGAAACUCGGAUGGGAUUCGAGAACCGGGUUGAACCGCUACAUCUCGGCAUGGAAAAGCUUAAAUGAUCCGGGUGAGGGGUCUACCAGCUUCAAGAUGGACAUCAAUGGCUUCCCGGAGAUUUUCUUGAGAAACAGAGACAAGAUCGUUUACCGGAGCGGGCCGUGGAACGGCGUGAGGUUUAGCGGCGUCCCAGAAAUGAAACCCACCGCCACCAUCACAUUUUCGUUUGUGAUGACGAAGAGCGAGAGGUAUUACACGUUUGAGCUACACAACAAAACAUUAUACUCCCGAUUACUCGUGAACCGUAACGGGAUCCUCGAAAGGUACGCGUGGAUUCCGACCAGCAAGAUUUGGAGCAGAUUCUGGUACGCUCCGAAAGAUCAGUGCGACAGUUACAAGGAAUGCGGUACUUACGGCAUCUGCGACACCAACAUGUCGCCGGUGUGUCAGUGUCUGGUCGGCUUCAAACCCAAAAACCCACAGGCCUGGGAUUUACGCGACGGGUCGGACGGAUGUGUCAGGUACCACGAUUUGGACUGCCGGAAAGACGGUUUUUUAACGAUGAAUUUCAUGAAGUUGCCGGACACUUCUAGCUCUUUCGUGGACACGACGAUGAAUCUGGACGAGUGUAUGAAGAUGUGCAAGAACAACUGCUCCUGCACCGCGUAUACAAACUCCAACAUCUCCAAUGGCGGCUCCGGCUGCGUCAUUUGGACGACGGAGCUUCUUGAUAUGCGGCAGUACGCGGCGGUCGAAGGUGGCCAAGCUGUCUACAUCCGCGUAGCUGCCUCCGAUGUAGCACAAGGUGGAAAUUCUGGAGAUGCUUCUGGGAGGACAAAGCGAAUAAUCAUAAUAGCUUGUGGCAUUACAGUUGGUGUUGGUAUUCUUCUAUUUGCAUUAAGCACAUUAUUCAUAUUGAAAAGAAGGCAAUCCAAAAGAGCUUUAGGGAAAAAUACAGAGCUUAGAGGUUUACGCGACAUAAGUCAAGAUCUUUUAAUGAAUGCAGCUGUGAUCCCAAGUAAACGAGAAUAUUCUGGCGAAACGAUGACAGAUGAGUUUGAGUUGCCAUUGUUUGAUUUUAGCACCAUUGUUGUGGCUACUGACAACUUUGCUGAUGUAAAUAAGCUUGGCCAAGGCGGUUUUGGUUGUGUGUACAAGGGAAUGGUUGAAGGUGAAGAAAUUGCAGUGAAGAGACUAUCAAAGAAUUCUGGGCAAGGAGUGGAAGAAUUUAAGAAUGAACUCAGAUUGAUUGCCAGGCUUCAACACAGAAACCUUGUUCGGCUUCUCGGGUGCUGUGUUGAUAUGGAAGAGAAAAUCCUGAUAUAUGAAUACAUGGAAAAUAAGAGCCUGGAUUCAACUUUAUUCAACAAGCAGAGAAGCUCACUGCUCAACUGGCAAACACGCUUCAACAUCAUUUGUGGGAUAGCUCGGGGGCUUCUGUAUCUUCACCAAGAUUCACGGUUUAGAAUAAUCCAUAGAGAUCUCAAAGCCAGCAACAUUCUCCUCGAUAAAGAAAUGAACCCCAAGAUAUCGGAUUUUGGCAUGGCAAGGAUUUUUGGAGGGGAUGAGACAGAAGCAAACAAUACGAAGAGAGUGGUGGGAACAUAUGGAUAUAUGUCCCCCGAAUAUGCAAUGGAUGGGCUCUUCUCGGUGAAAUCUGAUGUUUUCAGCUUCGGAGUUCUAGUGCUAGAAAUUGUGACAGGGAAGAAGAACCGAGGAUUCUAUAACCAAAACAACCAGCAGAACCUUCUUGGACAUGCUUGGAGGCUAUGGAGAGAAAGAAGAGGCUCAGAGCUACUGGAUUCAGCCAUAGGAGAAUCAUACUCCCCAUGUGAAGUAAUGAGAUGCAUUCAAGUUGGUUUGUUGUGUGUCCAAGAACAGGCAGAAGACAGACCAAACAUGGCAACUGUGGUCUUAAUGUUGGGCAGCGAAAGUGCAACGCUUCCCCAGCCUAAACACCCGGGGUUCUGUCUGGGAAGUAGGCCUGCAGAUGCGGAUUCAUCCACCAGUAAUUACGACGAAUCUUGCACCGUAAAUCAAGUUACAGUCACCAUGCUUGACGGGCGCUAGUUGAAGGUGAGAGAGACAUCACUUGCAUAAUUGUAUAGCUCAAGAAGCCAACAAAUUUUCUUUCAUAUCUACAUCUUCCAGAAGACUAUUGACUCUUUUUUUUUUGGUAACUAUUGGCUUCCUUUCUUUUUCAUGUCCUUGACAUUUGUUGUAAAUUAUAUUGUAUCAUCUAUCAUCCGAGCUUUAAAUGAAUUUAGAUGUAUUUCAAUUUUGGAA